UAAACAGGUUGUUAAAUGCAGAACCUUCAGGAGUUUUUACAUCGUUGUGUUGGUAUUUUUACUCAGCAGACAUAUAAAGCAGACUGGUUUGAGUCCAGAACAUCUACAGCCUGCUCACCUGUUUCAGACAGAAGAAGCUGCUACAGCUGCAGAACCAUGAACAGAAACUCCAUCAGCACUGAUGAGGAGCUGCGUCAGGGGGACUACCUCCUGAGUGAAAAUGGCAACUACAAAGCUAUUUUUCAGCAUGACGGCAACUUUGUCAUCUACACCUGGCGUCCUACUUGGGCAUCAGAUACAUGCGGAAAAAACCCAUUCCGAAUCCUUCUGCAGCAGGACACCAACCUGGUCAUGUACACCAAAGAAGAUCACCCAGUCUGGGCCUCUGGCACCUUCUCAAACCAACACACCACCAGAAUGCGCCUGACCCUGACUAAUGAAGGUCAGCUGGUUCUGGACAAUAACGGGAAGAAGAUCUGGAGCGCUGGAGAAAAGUAGCAAGAAUCAUUUCAGACAGAAUUCAUGAUGUGACAAGAAACACGUUUUGCUCUGAGAUUAAAAUAAAGAGCUCUGAUGUUUAA